AUGGAGACUGAGCCUGUGAUAGAAGUGGUACAGCCCAGAGUACUAACAGAGGAAUAUAUCCAGGACGUUUGGAGAGGCAUCACUCUCACACACCUGCAGAAAACAUUGGGAUUGACCUCACUUGAGGAUGUUUUGGAUCCAAGACACGUCAAUCCUCAAAACAUUGUGUACAACAUGACCAAUGUGAACAAGCAUGGGGUUGUUACACUUGAGGAUAAGACGGAUGACCUCCCACACUGGGUUUUGUCUGCAAUGAAAGGUCUUGCAAACUGGCCUAAGUAUGAUGCCAGCCAGCCAUCCUAUCCUUGGUUUGAGAGGGAUGUGUUUAAAACGGUCUCUGACUACUUCUAUAGCCUCCCUCGGCCAAUUCUCACAUCUGAAUACUACAAGUUGUUUGUCAACAUCUUGGGUCUCCUCCAGUCUCAGUUGGAGCAGGUGGCCAUUGAGGCUCUGCAGCUCUGCACCCUGUUGCUGCCUCCUGCCAGUCGAAGGAAGCUCCAGCUGCUGAUGAGAAUGAUCUCCCGGAUGAGUCAGAACGUGGACCUGCCUCGGUUCAAUGACGCCAUAGCAACACACACACUGAUGGAGCAUAUGUUCUCUCACUGUGUGCUGGGCUGUAAGGAAGAGAUGGACCUGGAUGAGCUGCUGGCCACCAGACUGGUCUCCUUCCUCAUGGAUCAUCACCAGGAGAUCCUCCAGGUGCCUGUCUAUCUGCAGAACGCAGUCCAUGACCACAUCGCCUACCUCAGGAAAGUGCAGAUAACAUACCCAGGCAUUGUUGGUGCCCCUGUGCCCGUUCACUCCUUUUGUAGACGGAUCAGCACCAAAGAGUUUGAGGAGCAGAAGCUGAGUUUGUCCCAGGCUGCGAUCGCUGACCUACUGGAGAGCCUGGUCAAAGACAAGAACAUGUCGAUGAAGGACAGGAAGAAGAAGCUCAAGCAGUUUCAGAGGCAGUAUCCAGACAUUUACUCUUGCCAUUUUCCAACCACAGAGUGAGGCGCAGCUUUUUGAAGAUUAACCAAAGAUCAAGCCACCAUUGCUGAUAAGUAUGAAGAAACCACAAGCUUUUAGUAUUAGAAACUGAAGGUACAUUUUGUUCUUGCAGAUAAAUGAAAGGUGGGAGGAAUAUACAGGUGAGACCACCUCCCAAUUUAGACUGCAACUAUAUAACAAUUGUCUUUAUGGUUGAAUUAUGCAUAUUUUAUGUUGAGUAAUGUGUUUUUGUGUAUGUUAUUUUGAAAAUACUGCAGUAGUUAUCUUUAGUGCACCAAUGAAGUUACUUUGAUAUCGUAUGGAGUAUAAUAAGAGACUAAAGCAAACCAAGAUUAGAUUUGGUGUUUUUCUGUCAAUGUUGCAAUUGAUCUACAUUCAUACACUACCAUUGACAGAGUAUACAGUAUUCAAACUUUUAAACGUUUGAGCUUUUUUAGCGAUUACAUUUGUUACUAAGUGUGAUUUGUCUACCUAGUUCAUUAGGUUUGUAUGAAGUGCUCAUAACAUUUU